AUGGCCAUUAACAAUGAUAUGGAUGACUGGGGAGGAGUUGGCAGCAGUGACUCGGGGGAGCGAGCGUGGCUCUUGCAAAGCCCCAGCAUGGAAUCCACGCCGCAGCAAGAGUCGGAGAGGAGGCCGGGCGGCAAUGUGUCAUCUUUGGGAGCCGUAGUCAUCGUGGUCAAUGCGGCUUUGGGAGCCGGUUUGCUCAACUUCCCGGCAGCCUUUAAUAUGGCUGGGGGAGUGAUGGCAGGAGUGAUGCUUCAAAUGUUCAUGCUGAUCUUCAUUAUCAGUGGUUUGGUGAUUUUGGGAUACUGCUGUCAGGUCAGUAACGAGAGCACCUAUCAAGAGGUCGUACGAGCCACUUGCGGAAAACUCACCGGAGUCCUGUGUGAGGUCGCCAUUGCCAUCUACACUUUUGGCACUUGCAUCGCCUUCUUCAUCGUCAUCGGAGACCAACUUGACCGCUUGAUUGCGGUGGCGUUUCACGAUGGCUCUCUCACUGGCUUGUGGUACACAGACCGCAAGUUUACCAUUGUUGUCACUGCAGUUUUGAUCAUUCUGCCUUUGUCCAUUCCCAAAGAGAUUGGCUUCCAGAAAUAUGCCAGUGCUCUGAGCGUGAUGGGUACCUGGUAUGUUACCAUCGUUGUGAUUGUGAAAUACAUCUGGCCCGAUCAAGAAGUCAUGCCUGGCAUUGUUCCCAGCAGUUCUACGUGGACUGCAGUUUUCAAUGCAAUGCCAACCAUAUGCUUUGGUUUCCAGUGCCACGUCAGUUGCGUACCAGUGUUCAACAGUAUGAAGAAGAAAGCGCUCAAACCUUGGGGGCUUGUUGUUACGCUCAGCAUGAUAAUCUGCCUCUUUGUUUACACUGGGACAGGUGUUUGCGGCUUCCUGACAUUUGGUUCCAGCGUAAACCAGGACGUUCUCAUGUCAUAUCCUUCGGAUGACAUCGCCGUGGCCAUCGCCAGGGCGUUCAUCAUCGUCUGCAUUGUCACCUCAUACCCUAUCUUACACUUCUGUGGCCGGGCAGUCAUUGAAGGUCUUUGGUUGCGCUGGCAAGGCGAGCAAGUGGAGGUGUGCGUCCGGCGCGAGCAGAGACGGAGAAUCCUGCAGACGCUAGUGUGGUUCGUCGUCACCCUCGUCCUUGCGCUCUUCACCCCAGACAUCGGACGCGUUAUCUCGCUCAUCGGAGGACUGGCGGCCGGUUUUAUCUUCGUCUUUCCAGGUCUAUGUUUGAUCCAAGCCAAACUGUUGGAAACGGACAGCCGAUCCGCCAGCUGGCACGGUCUGGUGGUCUUCGGUAUCACCAUGGUUACGCUCGGAGCGUUCAUCUUCGGCCUCACCACGACUAAUUCCAUCUAUCAGGACGUCAUCAGCUAA